GCCCCCUCCCGGCCCGGGCCGGCCCCGCUGGCUCCGCUCAAAGUUUGCGGCCGCCCCUGCGCCCGCGCGCCCGCCCGAUGUAUGGGUGAUAUACUGCAGCGGGUGUCAGGGUGAGGGACGGCCAUAUUUGCCGGUGCGGCCCGAGCCGUCAACAACAAAAAGUGCGCGGGAGCUCGGCGGGAGCACGGACGGGCGCACGGACGCCGGGGCCGCCUCGCCGCCGUCCGGCCUCGCCGCCGCCGUCGCCCUCGCGGGCCUGGCCCCGCUGCGCCCCGGCGCGCCCCGCCGCUCGGGGGGAUGUCUUACAAACCGAACUUGACCGCGCACAUGCCCGCCGCCUCCCUCAACGCCGCUGGGAGUGUCCACCCGCCCUCCACCAGUAUGGCGACAUCUUCACAGUACCGCCAGCUGCUGAGUGACUAUGGGCCACCAUCUCUAGGCUAUACCCAGGGAACCGGUAACAGCCAGGUGCCCCAGAGCAAAUACGCUGAGCUGCUGGCCAUCAUCGAAGAGCUGGGGAAAGAGAUCAGACCCACCUAUGCAGGCAGCAAGAGCGCAAUGGAGAGACUAAAACGAGGCAUCAUCCACGCUAGAGGCUUGGUGAGGGAGUGCUUGGCUGAAACGGAACGGAACGCCAGGUCCUAGCUGCUUUGUGAGCCUGGAAGGUUUCCCAUCUUCUUCCCAGAGAAGUUACAGUUCAUCUCCCUUGCUCAGAUGAAACUUUGUUUUCAACAUGGUAACAAUCUGGUUUCUCCUUCCCACUGUCCCUCCCAUGGUUCACUAGGCUCUGAACCUAUAGUCUCUUAAGAUUUGAGGAAAGAUUUUGCAGUUGAUUAGGAUUUACAUUUUAAAUAGGAACUACCCAGGUGUUUGUUUUUUAAAGCAUUGAUUCAAAAGAUGCACGUAAAAGUUACCUAUCUUAAAGCAAACUAGUUUGCCCCCAAGAUACAGGUGUCUGGCUUUCCUUUUUUGAAGUUAUGUUACCAAGAUUGUUCUCUGUUCUUUUUUGUAAACUGAUACAACUUGAACGGUUUUUUUUUGUAGUGUGGACUGACAGCACACACUUAACCUAGUAGCUGGUCCCCUUGUUUGCCAUACAGUGUAGAUUCUGCUUAUUGUAACUUCUUUUUUGCUUAAGCAUUUGCAUGACUCCUAGGUGCUUUGAAGUCAGUUUUUAAAAUGCACAAGUUAUAAAUACAGAAGAAAGAGCAGCCUCCCAAACCAAACCUAACAGGGACCCCCGAAAUUAUUCCUAAGACUGUACUGUAGAUUUCAGUUCUGCCUUUCCUGGAAGUUGAUCCAAACAUCUGGAAGAAAAUGAAACUGUUUGCAUCUUUGUAUUUAUUACUUGAUGUAAUAAAGCUUAUUUUCAUUAACA